CGAUUCCGCCGCUCAGGUAUGGACACGCGUUUCCUGACGUUCGGUUACUGCUGUUACUUGCAUUGGACCUGUAUCCGGAGUUGUUAUUAAAAGGGCGAGGGCAGAGAGCAAACCCCCGCCGGACCAUCCCCUCCAUCCAUGGCGCCUCAUUUGCUCUCUUUCGUCCUCGUCCUCGUCGUUAUUGCGGCCGCGGCGUGCGUCCGGGGCAGCUCCGGGUGCCCGACGUUGGACCGCGAUGCGCUCCUGGCCUUUCGCUCCGCCUUGUCCGAGAAGCGCCUAGGAAUCUUCUCCUCGUGGACGGGCGACGAUUGCUGCUCCCAGUGGUACGGCGUCAGCUGUGACCCCACCACCGGGCGCGUCGCCGGCAUCUCCCUCCGCGACGAGUCGGAGGACCGCAUCAUUUCCCGCUCCGGCCGAUCCCGUGGCCUCAUGUACGGUCGCAUUUCGCCGGAGAUCUGCCGCCUGGACCGUCUCACCACUCUCAUCCUCGCCGACUGGAAGCAGAUCUCCGGGCCCAUUCCUCCCUGCCUCACCUCCCUCUCCUUUCUCAGCAUCCUUGACCUCGUGGGCAACCGCCUGUCCGGCCCCAUCCCCAACGACAUUGGCAACCUCUCCCGCCUCACCGUCCUCAACGUCGCUAACAACCAGAUAUCCGGUUCCAUUCCCACCUCCAUCCUCGCCCUCUCGUCCCUCAUGCACCUCGACCUCAGCAACAACCAGAUAUCCGGCCCCAUCCCCGGCGACUUCGGCAACUUGCGCAUGCUCAGCCGCGCCAUGCUCUCCCGCAACCGCAUCUCCGGUAGCAUCCCCUCCUCCGUCGGCCAUAUGACCCGGCUCGCGGACCUUGACCUUGCCCAUAACCGCAUUUCCGGGGAGAUCCCCGGCAGUCUCGGGUCCGUGCCGGUGCUGUCGUCGCUGUAUCUCGACUCGAACCGGCUUACCGGCCAGAUCCCGACGGCGCUGUUUUCCAGCCGGGGGCUGGGCAUAUUGAACCUGAGCCGGAACGCCGUGGAGGGGGAGAUACCGGACGUGUUCGGCUCCCACUCGUACUACACGGCGCUGGAUCUGUCAUACAAUCAGCUGAGAGGCCCCGUGCCGAAGACGCUGCUGACGGCGGCGUUCGUUGGACACUUGGGUCUCAGCCACAACCACCUUUGCGGCCACAUCCCUACCGGCUCCCCGUUCGACCACCUCGAGGCGGCGUCCUUCGCCAACAAUGACUGCCUCUGCGGCGGACCGCUGCCAGUUUGCAAGUGACCCCGCGCGGUGGCGGUGUAAAGAUCCCGGUAAUGGUCGGUGAGCUGUGUGUGUGUGCUUACAAGUGACGCAAUUAAUGCCUUAGGGAAUGUUAUCAUUAGAACUGCAUUUUCGUGAUUCUUGAAAAGCGUAGAACGGGACACGUCUUCGGAUAAUUGUGGAUAAUGUUGAAGAAGUGAACGGUGUUGCGCAUGCACUCAUCACCGUGUCCCAUUGGUUGAUUUAUGCUCACCGGUUGGAUUUGGAUUGGCCUUGA